GUGAGGGAGGGGCCGACGGCGGGGGCGGACCCCUGGCGGUCUUCUUGGCUGGGGUCCGCGCGCUCGCGGCAGCUCCCCGUGGAGGUCACUGCCCGUGCCAGUCCCUCCCGCUGUCCCGCCCUCUCCCGCUGCUGCCGCUGCCGCCGCCGCCGCCGCCGCGCCCGCCUCAGCGCCCCCACUCCACGCUCGGGAGCGAGGAGCCGCCAGCGCCCCCGCCCCGCCGCCGCCGCAGCGCCCUCCGGCCGCCAUUCGCCACCGAAACUUUCCAGCGCCCGCGCUCUCUCCGGGACUCGGCGGCGGCGGGGCGGGGGCGGCCCGGGGGCGGCGCGCGGCUGCUCCGGGGCGCCGGGCCCUCUUCGGCCGCCGCACGGCCGGGGCUCGGAGGCUGCCGGCCAGAGGCAGGUUCGGAGCGCGGCCGGGCGCGCGGCGCCGCCACAAGUUGCGCUGCUCGCGGCGAGAUUUCCGUGAGGGUGGAAGAAAAUCAUAUCAGAUGCCUCGCAGAGCACCAGGCCCACCGUGAAAGGCUGGUCCCCGCAGACGGCUUCCCAUUUCUAUGACCGGAUGCUGGGAAGCCUGCUGGUCCACGGGUCCAUACAUGAAGUCACCAUAAGGAGCCCUGGCCUCCUUGCAGAAACAUCGAGGUGACAUGUAGCAUGACCGAGCUCGCUGGCGCCUCUUCAUCGUGCUGCCACCGCCCUGCAGGAAGAGGGGCCAUGCAGUCAGUCUUGCACCACUUUCAACGUUUGCGAGGGAGAGAGGGUGGUUCCCACUUCAUCAACACCUCAUCGCCGCGAGGUGAGGCUAAGAUGAGCAUAACCAGUGACGAGGUGAACUUUCUGGUGUAUCGGUAUCUCCAGGAGUCAGGUUUUUCCCACUCGGCUUUCACAUUUGGGAUUGAGAGCCACAUCAGCCAGUCCAACAUCAAUGGGACGCUAGUGCCACCGGCCGCCCUCAUCUCCAUUCUCCAGAAGGGCCUGCAGUAUGUAGAGGCCGAGAUCAGUAUCAAUGAGGAUGGCACAGUGUUCGACGGCCGCCCCAUAGAGUCCCUGUCACUGAUAGACGCUGUGAUGCCCGAUGUGGUGCAGACGCGGCAGCAGGCAUUCCGAGAGAAGCUCGCUCAGCAGCAAGCCAGUGCGGCGGCAGCGGCAGCCACGGCAGCAGCGACGGCAGCCACCACGACCUCAGCCGGCGUUUCCCAGCAAAAUCCAUCGAAGAACAGAGAGGCCACAGUGAAUGGGGAAGAGAACAGAGCACAUUCAGUCAAUAAUCACGCAAAGCCAAUGGAAAUAGAUGGAGAGGUUGAGAUUCCAUCCAGCAAAGCCACAGUCCUUCGGGGCCAUGAGUCCGAGGUGUUCAUUUGUGCCUGGAAUCCUGUCAGUGAUUUGCUAGCCUCCGGAUCCGGAGACUCAACUGCAAGGAUAUGGAACCUAAAUGAGAAUAGCAACGGGGGCUCCACCCAGCUCGUGUUGAGGCACUGUAUACGAGAAGGGGGCCACGACGUCCCGAGUAACAAAGAUGUCACCUCACUGGACUGGAAUACCAAUGGAACACUCUUGGCUACAGGUUCAUAUGACGGUUUUGCAAGAAUAUGGACGGAAGAUGGUAACCUGGCCAGCACCUUAGGCCAACAUAAAGGCCCCAUCUUUGCCUUGAAAUGGAACAGAAAGGGGAAUUACAUUUUGAGUGCUGGUGUAGACAAAACAACAAUAAUUUGGGAUGCCCACACAGGAGAAGCCAAACAGCAGUUUCCUUUUCAUUCGGCCCCCGCCCUUGAUGUGGACUGGCAGAACAACACGACCUUUGCCUCCUGUAGCACAGACAUGUGUAUCCAUGUGUGCAGGCUCGGCUGUGACCGCCCAGUCAAAACCUUCCAGGGACACACAAACGAGGUCAACGCCAUCAAAUGGGAUCCUUCUGGAAUGUUGCUGGCGUCCUGCUCGGAUGACAUGACAUUGAAGAUCUGGAGCAUGAAACAGGAGGUGUGCAUCCAUGAUCUUCAGGCUCACAAUAAAGAGAUCUACACCAUCAAGUGGAGCCCCACUGGGCCCGCCACCAGCAACCCAAACUCCAACAUCAUGUUGGCAAGUGCUUCGUUUGAUUCUACGGUGCGACUGUGGGACAUAGAGCGAGGCGUCUGCACUCACACGCUCACGAAGCAUCAGGAGCCUGUCUACAGCGUAGCUUUCAGCCCUGAUGGGAAGUACUUGGCCAGCGGAUCCUUCGACAAGUGCGUCCAUAUCUGGAAUACUCAGAGUGGAAAUCUCGUCCACAGCUACCGAGGCACUGGCGGCAUUUUCGAGGUGUGCUGGAACGCCCGAGGAGACAAAGUGGGCGCCAGCGCGUCCGACGGCUCUGUGUGUGUUUUGGAUCUGCGGAAGUAACCACAAAAUAUCAUCGAAAAAACAAAAGAAUUCUAAUGACCAGCCGUGAAUGUGUAGGGGUUGCAGUUCUAUUCUCCAAAACCGCAGGAACUUGACUUGCGUUAGAGUGUGCUCUGAAACCAACUCGUCUCUGGCCGCAGGAGUCUAUAUGUUUUCGUAAUCUUCAUCAAGAAGUUUUUAAAAGGCGAGCAAAAACAAAAGCAAAUCAUAUCAAACGGGGAUAGAAUGGUUUCCACUGAGGACAUUCAGUCUGGGAAGGAGGAAGUCACCAGCUCGAGGCGUGUGGAUUGGUUUCCACCCGGAACAGGCUCUGUGAUGGCUGAAUGGAAAGAAAUGUAAAAAGCUGUGCCAAAAAAAAGCAAAAUGCUGUGAUAAACCAAACAGGGAAGGGGGGAAAACCCUCCUCCUUGGGGUUUUUUAUUUUUUUGUUUUCCCUGACAAUUUGGACACUACAGUUGCUCUCACAAAGGAUGUUCAAAGACCAGUUUGUACCGAUGAAAUGCGCAACUUUGUAAUCCCAACACUUUCUAUUUCCUAGAAUCUUCUUUGUUCGUGGGGUGGUUUUUCUAUCGGCUGGAAUUCUGUCUUCUGGGGGCCUUCUGUCUGAGAUGGAAGCUGUCUUGGGCUUGUUGUCUCUUCCCUCUGUUGCUCCCUGCCCCUCCCCCUGCCUUUCCACUCUCUCUGGUGAGCUCAGCUUUUUCAGUGCACCCUCAAGAGAUGCAGCCCCGUGGACAUGAAGACACAAUCUCCCAUGGACAGCUUUUCCCCUUCCGCCCUCUCCCACCCUCUCCUCCCCUUGCGCUUGCGCUCGCUUUCUCACUGGCGUGCUCGCUCUCUCUCCCUCCCUCUGUACCUUUCUCAUAGUUGCUUCAGAUCUUAGGUCUCAAGGGCACUUUCGCGCAUAGUAAGUGCUUUAUGUAAGAAGGCAGGGCAGGGGGGCUUUUUACAGGAGAAAAAAAAAUGACUUAUAAGAGAAAGAGCCUGGAGUAUUUUUGGAAAAAAAAUAAUAUUUUUAUGUUAAAACAAUUUUAAAAUCUUAAAAUGGCCAUCAGACAUAGAGAGCUUUGUGUGAUUCAUGUUUUAAAAAGAACUGAAGAAGCCACAGGCAGGGCCUGAGGGAGCCCCUGGCUUUCCCCUCAGCCUCAGGAAAGGUGGUCAGGAAAACUGGCUGGACAAGGGUCAGUCUUUAGGGGUCAGCAGUGAGAUUGCUCUGCAGCCAGUGAGGGAGGUCCCAUCCACGCCGGCUGCGAGAAGAACCUCGCAUCUUUUGGUGUGUACGCACCUUGGCGGCCAGCAGGAAAGCAGCGAAGAGCCGCGUGCCCUCUGGCCUCAAGGGCGCAUUGGCAGAACCAUAGGGUACUGCAGAAGCCGUCGAAAACGACAGCUCGGCUGGAUUAGGCGUGUUGGCUACGUCUUUCCCACAACCGUAUAACGACCGAUGAGCAGGCUUGGCGAGUCCUUGCAGAGCUGACAUAGAGGCUCCCGCAUGUCACUUAGUCUAACGCUGACAGAAAUGAAUGCAGAAGGAAGAUUUUCAGUCCUGAACGUGAAUUAUAGAGGUAGAACGUCGCUAAUAAUUUCUGCCAUCUUUAUAAUUUCUUUCUCUCACAGAAGACUAGGAGAAAGAUCUUUUCUAAAUAAUCUUUUUGCUGUUUUUAAAAAAUUAAACAAGGCUUUGUGUUCCUAGAAGAGCUUCAUUUCAGUGAAUCUGGUGACCUUCAUCUGCUUGCUGUCAUAACCUGACACUGACUUAUUUUUUUCAUUAGCAAGGGGGAAAAGGCCAAAGGACAAGGACCUCUUCUCCCAUUGGUUUUCCUGUGGGCAGAAGGGCUGAGGAAGUUGGCCCGGCCCGUGGGGGCUGCUGUGUCACCAGCAGUGGGUAGGGUGCAAUCUGGUGUGUGUUCCAGCAGCGAGAUGGUGUUAUUGUGAAGGUGGCAUUCAUCUGCGGAGCCAAAACCCAGCCGUCAGGGAAGGGUCAGGGCUUCCUCUGGAACUUGGAAUGUGCCAGGACCACCUCCAAAAGCCAGGGUGUGUUGACCAUUCUCAGAUCGUUGAUUGGCCUCCACUUGGGUAUGUGAAUUGUUCAUGUCCCCGAAGACCAAAAAGUGCUCUGGUUCUGAAAUGAGUAUCUUAUUCGGGCUCUGUUUCCGAAACACUUAGCAAAGAAGGUCACAGUGAUGUGGAGUCGCCACACCCAUCCUUGAAGAUAGCCAGUGUCCCCGGAUGAGGUGAUGAUUUCCCAUCCCAAGGACUCUGUUAAGUUUAGAGUACAGUUUGUUGGGGUCCAAAAGACACCAUCUCUACCCCACCCAAAUAAAAAUGCACUCAUCUCUGCAGAGCAUCUGCUGUCAAAGGCCAGCCUGUCGUUAGGACAUGGCUUGUGCUUGGCAAACCAGUAACUACUGUGGGAUGCUGAUGGUGGGAUGUGUCGCAAGCGAUUCACUAGACAAUCUUCGCGUGAAUGUCGGUAGCCAGGGUCUCUCUCGAGGGAUGGCUUUAGUCUUGAUGAAUGUGAACCACAUCAGAAUUGUUAGGUAGAAACCUGGGCUGGGAGGCCUCGGACCCCAGGCUCCAUCCCUGGCUUCCCCAGCCGGCGGCCGCAAGCAAAACCAAGCGCGAGAUGCAGCUAGCACCCUUCAUAUCCAUCCCCGUUCUCAGCAGGACGACACCACGGACAGCCGUUUUCGGAGCCUCCAGCAUUUGCGCACCACUACUCACCCUCUCUGCUGCUGCGGUGUUGGUAGAGUCAUCCCUGUAAUCAAGAAAUGGCCCGUGGAAUGUUAUUGUUCAACGUUGUUUACAGCUCUUAAAACAUGGUGAGGAAUUGCCUAAGUCUCAGUGACCAAACGUGACCUUGAAAGCAGACAUAGCAUGACAGACCUUCUUCGAGUCUUUGGUUGGGUUCACAGUGACCGAGAGUCAGGUCCAGCACAUACCUGGGAAAGGGAUGCUGCCCCAAGGGGGACCAAAAGGGCCGGACGUUACAGGGUGAAACCCUCUGACCCCUCGCGACACCGUAGGACUUGACUUUUGUUUAGUCUUUCUAAGAAAUAGAUCAUGGAGCCACGUGAAGUGCACUUUGUCAAAUGUAAGGGUCUGCUGUGUUCUUGUUGCUUUUCUCUUUUUUAACCUUUUGUUCCGCCAUUAAAAAAAAAAAAAAAAGAAAAAAAGCUUAUGUUUCUUGUCAAAUGCAGAAAUGUUCCUUCCGCCACUCACUGAAGUUUUGCAUUCUGGCUUGUGCAGUUUUUAUUGUCUGUGUCAGACGUACAGCCAGACGUGUUCUCUAUUGGCAUUUUUCCAAUUCUGUUCAGAUGACAUUGACCGCCGUUUCAUCCCCCCCGCCACCUGUACUCACCCUCACGCUCUUUGAAGAAAAAAAAAUCACCUUGUGUGUUGUAGCUCAUUUGUUUCAAGAGAGAAUCAACAGAUCAUAUUCAGUGUCUUGAAUAAAUUGCUCUAUUUUGAUAUUAGAGAA